GUUUGCUUGUUGCUUUCUCUCUCUCGAAGCCUGCUUUCUCCUCAUUCAUUCCUCACUGAGAAUUCGUAACAUUCGUUCGUUUGUGCCGUGCAGGAGGAGUGAAGGCACGCAAAGUGGAAGCAAAAGCAAAGCUGAGUUUUCCCUUUUCUGUGAAACAAAUUCCUGUCUAAUAAUCAUCCCACGAAGCCACGAAAUCCAUUCCACUGCAGUGUGUGCUUUCGUUUCUUCACCUUUUACGUACUGCAACCACACAUAUUUUUUGGGGGGAAAUGCAGUGAAAUAGUGGAAAGGAAAAAAAUAUAAGAUAUUUUUUUUUUAAAUGGGGAGUUGUUGUUACUGUAUAACAUAGUUUUUGCCCGUUUUAGGCAAGGAUUUUGUGUGGAAUAUUAUUUCUGGACCUGGUUUGAAGAAGUGUAUAUUUCUUCGGGGGUAUUUGUUUCGGUGAAAGUUGAAAAAAAAUAUAAGAGAACUUUUUUAGAUGGACAAAAUGAGAGGUUGUUGUGUUGUAUAACGUAGUUUUUGAUAAGGAUUUUGAGUGUAGAAUUAUUUCUGGACCUGUUUUGAACAAGUGAAAUAUUUCCGGGGCAUUUGUGUCGGUGAAACUUUUAAAAAAAAUAUGACACAAUUUUUUUAACGUAGGAGCAGGACAAAAUUGUUGUGCUGUAUGACAUAGUUUUAGGCAAGGAUUUUGUGUCUAGAAUACGUAUAUUUACAUGUUUAUCUCUGGUACUGUUUACGAAUAAGUGCGCAUAAUUCUUGCGGGGUAUUUAUUUCGGUGAGAGAAACUAGAUUUAAUUACGGACGGAGUGAUUAUCGACAUUCGUAAUUGAGCCGGCGGCGGAGAAAGUUGAGGGGACAGCACAUCACAGGAACCGACUUCAUACUACACUCAGAACUCAAAUUUAUGCUGCAGAAGUGUCCACCUCAUCUUCACCAGUGGAUCAACUGAAAUAUCUAGUAUCGAAAAUAUAUCGAAAUAAAAAAUCAGAAACCAAAAAACUUUACGGGAAAAUUUCUUGUGAUAAUUGUGUUGGAUUUUGUGAUUAGUGGAUUAACUGAAAUAGUUUUUUUUAAUCGUGAAAAAACUGGAAACUAAAAAACUUUACGGGACAUAAUUUUCCACCAAAAAUUUCUUGAGGUAAAUACUGUUGAAUUUUGUGAUUAGUGGAUCACCUGAAAUAUUUUUUAAAAAUUCACCCAAAAAAACUGGAAACUUUACGAAACAUUUUCACCCAAAAUUUUCCACGAACUAGUUAUGUGAUAAAUAGUGUUGGAUUUUGUGAAGUGAAAGCUCCUGCCAAAAGUACAGAAAUUUACGUAUUUACCGAAUAAUUAAUCCUAAAUACUUGUCGCAUUGUCACUUUAAUUAUGCGAGUGACAGGUCUAAUUUAAUUUAAUAAUUGAGUCAACAUCCUGCCUACGCAGUUAGUCGAAAAUACAUGAAAAUACUCCGUAGCAAAAGUAUACACGUGUCGUGAAAGCAGCAGAAUAUCUAUGUAACCAGCUCCCAAAGCUUCUGCCCCACUUUGAGGUGAAGUUUUUGAGACUCAAGCUGGACUCAAUUCAUUUUCUUACUACUUAAAUGAUGAAAGGAAAGAAGGGACGAAAGAAUAAAUAAAUACAUUAAUUUAAAAAAAAACCGUAAAAAAUUACUCAAAUUUCCAAAAUGGGACGUGUUCGCCGCAUCAAUGCAAAAAAUCUCGUCUUUUUCAUCCUGCUGGUCACCCCCUCCGUCGUCACGGGGUCGCACAUCAUGACGAGCGACUCGAGAGAAGAGCCCGAGUUCCAAAUGGUCUACAAUGGGAUUGAAGGUCACGACAAGGAGAAGGUCAAGGUCGUCAAGGAUGCCGUGGCUGCCGAGGGGGGGACACCACUUCCCCCGGGGGAUCCGAUACAUCCGCCCCCACCACCACAUGAACCACAUCAUCAACCCCACCCACCCGCCACCUCGUCCGCCCAACAUGACGUGGACCAUCUCGUUUUGGAUGAGCACCUCGUCCGCGAGUUGGACGAGAAGACGGAGAAACUGCGGAAAAUUGACGAGCUGUCGAAAACGGGUGUGACGAUGGAGGGCUGUCUCGGGCCAGAGGAGUUCGUUUCCUUGCGAGAUGUCAUCCUCUCCACGGAAUUCGCCAACGUUCUUGCCGAAAAGACGGAUAUGAUCAUGUCGUUUUUGUACAAGUUGAAGAAAUAUGUCAGGAAUAAGAAGGAUAUUGAACGAGACGAGCUAGAAGUGUACCGCUACGCCCUGGAGACCUUACAAGUGGCAUACCCCCUUAAAGACCUUCGCCUCCUGAUUUACCACACUUCCUCGCUGGAUCAGUUCAUCUACACUUUGGAAGGCCCGAUGACCACGUCGGAUCCCAACAGGUUUUACAACUUGACAAAAACCCGGGAGAAAUUGAGCGAACUGGUAAAAAAGCCGUGGUUCUUUGACCCCAACAUGCCCUUUGACCACGCCCGAUGGAUGAACCAUGAUCAUAACAAUUCUCAAUUGAGGUCGACCUACCACAAAAAUCGGAUAAUGGACACCGGCAUGAUGGGCGGAUCAUUCUGGUCGUGGCCGUACUUUAAUUGUUCAUCGACAAAAAAUCGGAAAAUCAUGACCGAGUCGGAACUCGAGAUUCACACGUUGAAUUAUGUCCCCCACGUGCCCCCAGAAGGCGGAGGUGGACAUCGGGUCCGACUGCGGAACGGGCAUCAUGGAAAUCCGCACUUCGUAUCGGGCAAGAACAAGCGGGCAGCCGGAGGUGGUCAUGGCGUCGUCCAUGGGCACACGAGCCACAUUUUCCAGCAGUUGCACAAACAACACCUCCAGCCCAAACUGGACCUCGAGAACGCUUGGUUGGUCACGUACACGGCCUGGUUUCCCAUCCACGUGACGAAAGACAAAAUCGUGGAGGAAUACGGGGAACUAAGUUUCGACUUGGAUUUGUCGAAAAUCGAGGUGAACCAGUGCGGUUUUGAGGACGAGGGGCGACGAGCCUGGGACAUUAAGGAGAAUCCCUUGUACUAUUUUCGCGACACGCAUAAAUGUGACCGACUCAGGGGGACGAGCACGUGUCACUUCAUUCCUGGUCAUCCGUGGCGUUUGGGGAGCUAUGAGUGUCGCUGUGCAAAGAAUAAAUACGCUUAUCAGAGAGAGCUGAAUAACACGGUUUCCGGAGCUAUUGCUGAAGCUGCUUGGAGCACGAUGCGAGAAAAUAAGACGAACGGCAACAACUCUGUGAUGUAUCAAGAUAUCGUUUCCUGUAAAAACUGCCCCGACGGGUGUGAAGACUGUUUGGAUGGAAUCUCUUGUUGGGCACCCAUCGGAUGGGCAUUACGAAUGGUGCUGCUCUGCGUGUCCGUGAUAUGUUGCAUCGGAACCGUGGCGCUGGUCUUUGUGACGUAUAAAUUCCGAAAAGCCCCCGUUUUGAAGUCCUCGUCCCCCCUGUUCCACUGCAUCACGCUGUUCGGCUGUGUGCUCAUGUACUCGGAAAUGAUUGCCCUCUUUCCCGUCCUGUCUGAAGCGACCUGCAUCGGCGUCAAGUGGACGCGUCACCUCGGCUUUUGCGUCACUUAUACCGCUCUCUACAUGAAGUUGUGCAGAGUAUUUUUGACCUUUCGGGUGAAAUCUGCGCACAAGAUAAAGCUGACGGAGAAGCAUCUUCUUCACUGGAUGAGUCCCAUCAUGGUCGUGAUGCUGCUGUAUCUUUCGGCCUGGACGAUCAGCGCGCCUCCCAGCAUCGUCCCCAUGCAUACCUCGGAUGACCUCAAGUUCUUCCAGUGCGUCUUCAAUUGGUGGGAUCACUCGCUGGCCAUUGGGGAAGUGAUCUUCCUCUUGUACGGGGUUUGGAUAUGUUGGAGAAUUCGAGAAAAUCCAGAUGCACAAUUCAUCUCUUAUUCGAUCUACAACAUUGCGCUGACAAAUGUGGUGAUGGUAACGUUCCAUUUGUUUAUAGUACCGCAAGCCGGUCCGGAUGCGAAAUAUCUGUUGGCUUUUAUCCGGACCCAGCUCAGCACCACCGUCACGAUCGCGUUGGUCUUUGGCAGCAAGCUCCUGGCAGUUUUACGAGGGGAUCCCAAAGCCAUGAAAGACAUUCCAACCUCGGCCAACGGCUUCGGUCAUGAAACGCUCGAUCUCGCAGAGGAAAAUCAGCAACUAAAGGAGGAAUUAACAAAAAUGGCGACGCAAAUGGAACGACUCAAAUCUUACGCCAUGUGCAAAAAUAACCCGCAUCUGAAACCCCACGCCAGCUCGAAUAUCACUGCGGGGGAGGCGGAUUUCAACAAGUCGGACCCCUUCACCUCGCUCUGACCAUUGAUCAAGCCUGAGAGUAAGGAGACUUGGCUGUGAAGUGGAUGUCCCUCAAUUAUUUAAAAAGUUACCAUUUUUUUUAGAAACUUCACAGAGCCAAAGUUCAGUAUUACUUACAAAAUACAAAAAAAAAUGUUCAAAAUUUAAAAAAUAAAAAAAUAAAAAAAUGUGAUUAAAAAUUUAAAAAUUGUAAAUAAAAGGAGAACGAUAUUUCGAAAUUGUAAUCGCAAAAUGAAAAAUAAAAACUUAACUAGAAAAAGGAUUGUUUCUGGAAGCGAUUGCAAAUUUUGAACCAGAACUUUAAUUACAGAAGAUGUAAAUGUUACGUAAUAACUGAAUAUUAUUAUGUAUGUGGUUUUUUGAAAAUUUUCAAAAAUGUGAUUGAAAUAAAUAAUAAAAGAUAAUUGUUAAA